CAGCUUGAAGUCUAAAAUUAGGGAGGCACCCCAACUGCAAAUGACGCAAGAAAGUUAAACUGGGCAGUCUCGUCGUCUCUGCGUGUCAAUGAUAAGGACUCAUGGCCAUGGAGACGUUGCCUACAACUUUGCUGUUGUUGAUCACAUGGAGGGUAUUUUUAGCUGCUGUUGUCAUCUUUUCGUAACGGCCCGGCUGCGGCGUUCAGUAUAAAGGACUGUUUCAAAAUGCAGCUGUACAACAGUGUGCUGACACACUACCCGCGGUCGUCUCGCAAAGUUACAAUAACUUUGUCAGCUGCGUCCGGGCGCUUGAACGGGACGACGCAAAGUUCCCCUGAGACAGCCAGACAAGGAUUUACACAACUUGACACAAGUUCGGCGACCAGCGGUGGUGAUCCGGCUACAGAGACGUCUUCCGCAAACAUGCCUGCUUUUUCGUGUUACGAAGCUUCACCCAUGAGACCACUUUACUUCACUUCGACUGCUGAGAUAUUAAUCCGCAGACCGGAUGGAGUUGAGAGGUCUGUACCUGUUCAUAUCAUCCGAGAGCCCAAAACCAAAACACCUUCUCCUAAGUUGCAUAACGGUGAAGACAUUGUCAGCAGUGGCAGUGACUCUGAUAUGAUGAUGGACGUGAUAGAUCAUACGAGAAAUGGGGCUGACGCGGUUUUCCCUGACUGCCCUGAACUGUCUGGAAACCACGUUUUUAAGUGGGAGAACAUCAGUGGACCCACAACAGAAGAACUCCAGAGAAUGGGGGGAAAUUCAUGCGAGGAUGACGGCGCUUCACAGACAGUUGCCGCCCGUAAAAGGAAUAGAUGGACCUCACAAAAUGAAGAGGAUCAAGCUCCCCUAGGGGCAGCCCAACACCAAGACUUCAAAAUGGAAGAUUUUAGUGAUAUGAACAGUGUCAAAGAUGCUCAAACAUCAGAUGAGAGACGGGCCUUUGAGCUCAGCGUUCUGCAGGAGUCCCCCCUGCAGGGAUGCCAAGAGAAAAGAGACAUCAAUGACAAAGUCACCCGGUACCUGGCUGAAGUGGAGAAGCAGAACAAGUACCUCCAGGAGAGGCACAAAUACAGGUACCACAUCAUUCCUGAUGGCAACUGUUUGUACAGAGCCAUCUGCAAAGCCACAUAUGGGGAUCAGGCUAGACACGGGGAGCUUCGGGAGCAGACGGUCCACCACAUUGCUGACCACUUGGAUGAGUUCAACCCCAUCAUUGAAGGCGACGUGGGGGAGUUCCUGAUUAAUGCAGCACAGGACGGCGCCUGGGCGGGUUACCCCGAGCUUCUCGCCAUGAGCCAAAUGCUGAAUGUCAACAUUCACCUUACAACUGGGGGCAGCUUGGAAAGUCCCACUGUCUCCACCAUGGUGCACUAUCUUGGGGAGGAGGAUGCUUCCAAACCAGCUAUCUGGCUCAGUUGGCUCAGCAACGGUCACUAUGAUGUCAUCUUGGACAAGUGUCUCCCUAACCCGGAGUAUGAGGACUGGUGUCGACACUCGCAGAUGCAACGGAAACGAGACGAGGAACUGGCAAAGUCGAUGGCAGCCUCAUUAUCAAAGAUGUACAUAGAACAAAAUGGCUCUAUGUGAAUGAGAUGAAAUUUGACAAUGGAUGUAUUUUGUUCCAAAAAAAAUGCAGAUAUCUGUUUCUGCUUGGUAUCUAUAUGCCUUAAAUUAUUUUUUAUAAGAUUUCUAUCAUGAGUGAAAAGAAGUGCAGUGCACAUACUUUUUAAUGUACCAGAAUUUGCAUAUUAGCAUUUGAAAGGGUGUGAGCCUGAUUUUCUUGAUGGCUUUGGGUUAUGCUGGCGUGAGUGACGAGUGCUUUUGGAACAUAUGUAUUAUUUAUUUACCUUUGUUUUUUUGGCAGACAAGUGAGUUUUCCUAAUUGUUUGCUGACAGUUGCCAACUACUUUUUAAUACAGAGAAGUUUGGGUUGCCUUGUUUCCCUUUGCCUAACUACAUUGUGUGAAAUCUGUAUAGCCUACUCUCUUUUGCACAGAAGUCCUAUCAGGCUAGUUUGGAGAGUUUUGAUUUGUGUUAUGUUCUUUUUCAGUUAUUCCACUUCUUUUUAUGUUUUUGACAGAAUAUUCUCAAAUAAAGUUUUAAAAAAUGAAA